AUGAUGGCCGUACGUCGUGUGCUUUGUAUUCUGACCAUCGCACUGUGUUGUGUCUGCAGUGUUGUGGUAGCUACUCAAGCUGAAGGGCAACUUGAUGGUGGGGCUCUUCAGACGCCUGCUGGUGUUAAGAACCCUGGUGAGGAGACAAUAAAAUUGGGAGAUACUGUGAAAGAAACUGAGUGUGGAACUGAAGAAGCAAAGAAUAAACAAUGCGUAGCACCAGCCGUGACGGCCCUACCCCCAAAAGUUGAAAGGGCAGAAGAAGCACCUGAAAGCCGUACAGAUUUACAAACCAAGCAACCCCAAACGGCAAGUGCUCCUGGUGCUCCUGGUGUUUCCCCGGAAGGAGUGAUCAGAGAACAACCUGGACUAAGUGAGGAAAAUGAACGAGACGAAAGUCAGGGAGGUAACAGAAGGAGCCAACAACAAUCUGUCAGUGGGCCAGAAACAGAUACACCUGGAAGAACACAGGACACCAGUGGAACAGAACAAGAAACACCAGACGGACAGGCACAGGGAAGUAAUACACAAUCUCAAGAAGAUCGAAACACAGAAACUUCUUCUUCUUCUGUAACCCAAACCAGCAAUUCGGACUCAGAGAAUGCCAAUGACACUGGUGCUGGAGCGAAUGGAAAUAUUCCCACAAAUGCGCAGAGUGAGUCCACAAGCAACGAAGAAAGUCUUGAAGGUAAUACAGAUACACCCACCACUACCACC